AUGACAUCAGACUCAAAUUUACAGUUCAAAUCAACUCAAGAUCCAGCAAAAUUGAAAGAAUUGUUCACAUUAUGUGGCAGUGAAUGGAGUGGACCAUUGGAUGCCAAUGAAUUUGGUGAAAUUCAAACCCAAAGUAUUGAGGAGUACGUUAAAAGCGGAUUGAAGGUGGAAGGAUUUUAUAUUGAGGACACUUCAAAGGAUUUGGUUGUUGCUACAAUCAUCAUCAAACACUUGAAAGGAUUGUACAAACCAGCUGAUAGAUCAAGUUCGAUUUCGUCUGCACCCGAUCCUUCGUUAUUUGGUGUUAAGAAUAUCACGUCUUUAUUGGUGAGUUUUGUUUUCACUCACCAGGACUAUAGAAAGAGGGGUUUGGCCGAAAAUUGUAUAUCUCAAGCCAUUGCAGCAACUGAAAAGGAAAUAAUUGAAGAGCAUUUGCGCAAAAGUGACGAGUCUGCCAACGACAAUUUCAAGAAAAUGACACUCGACAAUUUCACAGGUGAAGUUGAUCCACAAUUGGCAAACUACUAUCUCGGGAAAGAAUAUGUUUGGUUUUUGUUUUCGGGUGUACAAACUUAUUACAAACGUUUCGGCUUCAAAAGUUAUCCCCUUGACUUUUAUGAAAUUCCAAUAAAGGAAUUGUCCGAAGGACAAGAAUCAGUGUUGAAGCAAUUGAUUGAAGACCUGGAGCAACUGAACCAACAGCAACCUGAUGCAAAGUCAAAAGUUUUGGGAAAAAGAAUUAAAUUGUUGAACUGGGACAGUGAUGAAGAUCAAGAAAUUAUCAAGUUUAUCUUGCAAACAAAGGAAUUGGAGAUUCUUUCGGAAUUGAACAAGCUCAGCUACCACUCGGAAUUACAAGGGGAUAGGAAAUCCUCAACUUCACUCACCAAUAUGACCAACAUCUUAUCAAUGACCAAAAUUGGAUCACACAGUACCUUGUCGGCAAUAGGCGAAACAACAACAGGAAAACCAACGGUUACCGACGACGUCUCCAGAAGAAAGUCGACAGCAAUGAACCAAACGGUGCCCAAGUUUGCCAUCAAACCUUCUUUUGCUGACUACAAAAGUAAAGUCGUUAGUGCAUUAGGAUAUGCAAAAACCGAACAAAGUACAAAAUUUACGAAAAUUCAGGGAGCCAUCAUUACAAACGAUUUACAAAGAAGGUCGUACUACGUUUUGUGGAACUCAUUGAAGGGUGAAUUUUUCAUCACAGGUAUGGGUGAACUCAUUUAUGAAAGCGUGUUACCAUCUGCCAACCCACAAAGAAGAGGUUCAUCAUUCACUGGUCUCAAUGAUUUGGGUGGUUAUAAUUUCCAAGAUUUGGAUAUUUUAGUUUCGGCAGCCUUGUAUACAGCAAAGAAUCGCAGUGGCAAAUUUGAAAAUGUCUAUGUUUCAACUCACGAUUUGCCUAGUGAUAUACCCGAUGCAGUUAUGCAUGAUUUCCUUAUAAAUUAUCUUCCAUUUUCGUCCUAUGCUCUGGAUGAGCAUAAAGUAAAGAGGAAGGAGGCAAAGGCUACAAGUACAGAAGAUCACAAGGUUGAACUUCUUGCUGAUAAUGGUAAAAAAGUUGGUGUUUUGCCAAUGGUGAAACAAUUUGGAAGUGACAAGAGCGAAUUUGAUAUUGACUGGUUAGACAAUGGUAUGUGGUGUUGGGGGUGA